UUUUCACCAUUCUCUCUCUCUCUCUCUCUCAUAUCGCAUUUCACGCGCCACACUCUCCCACUCUACUUGUCGGGUCUUUACUGGCCCAAUACUCAAAACCCUUGCGUUGCACUUGCAUCAGGUUCGUCUCAAUUUGGAUCGCUUCGUCUUCACUCUCAAAGUUUCGAUCUGGGUUUCCUUGAUUUGCAGGUUUCGGUCCAAAAACCAACCGCCCAACUCUUUCUUUGAUCGGAUUAUCAUGUAAUUAAUUGAGCUCAAAGUUAUAGACUUUCAGUGACCCAGUAUCCAGAUAGUUGUGUUUUGAAAGUUGGAUUUGGCCAUGGAUAAACUAACUGCUGCAGAAGCUGCUAGUCCUUCUUUGAGUUUAUUUGCUGCAUUGUCAUAUGGGGCUGCUUCCAUGGCUAUGGUUUUCAUCAAUAAAGCUGUUCUUAUGGAGUACUCCCAUUCAAUGACACUUCUCACCAUGCAGCAAUUGGCCACUGCUUUGCUUAUACAUUUUGGUCGAAGAAUGGGAUACACGAGAUCCAGAGAACUAGAAAUGAGCACUGCCAGGAAACUUCUCCCCGUGUCACUUUUCUAUAAUGCUAACGUCGCAUUUGCUUUGGCCAGUCUGAAGGGAGUCAAUAUUCCCAUGUACAUUGCAAUCAAAAGACUCACACCGCUUGCUGUGCUUAUCGCUGGAUUCUUCUCAGGAAAGGGGAAACCCUCAAUACAGGUGAUCCUUUCAGUGAUAUUGACUGCUGGAGGGGUUGUCAUAGCAGCACUAGGAGACUUUUCAUUUGAUCUUUUUGGAUAUAGCUUGGCCCUCACUUCAGUUUUUUUCCAGACCAUGUACCUUGUGCUAGUGGAGAAGUCUGGUGCAGAGGAUGGGCUAUCAUCAGUUGAGAUCAUGUUCUAUAACAGCUUUCUGUCUCUUCCAUUUUUGCUAUUUCUCAUUAUAGCUACCGGAGAAUUUCCAAAUUCUUUCUCAUUGCUACUUGUAAAGAGCAAAUCCAUACAUUUUUUGGUGAUCCUUAUUCUUUCAUUUGUUAUGGGCAUUGCUCUCAACUUCACCAUGUUCUUAUGUACCAUAGUCAACUCUGCUCUGACAACGACCAUAGUUGGAGUCCUAAAAGGGGUUGGGUCCACGACCCUUGGUUUUGUCUUGCUGGGUGGUGUGCAAGUACAUGGUUUAAAUGUGACUGGACUAGUUAUCAACACAGCUGGUGGAGUUUGGUAUUCAUAUGCCAAAUAUCAGCAAAGGAAGAGCAAGGCCCCAAAACGGGUACUACAGAAAGCAAGUGCUCGGGUUUGAUGUUCUGGGAAAGAUUAGGCCUUGGGAAAGGAAAAUCUGCCAGGAAUCCAGGCUAUCAGAUUGGGGGUCUUCCUUGCACAUGCCCUUGUUUUCCUGUUCUGCUAAUAGAGUAUCUUCAGAGCAAUAAUAUCCUUUGUUUUAUGUCCUGCAAUUAUUGCUUGCUUGUUGUAGUAAGAUGUGGAUUGAAAUGACCAUUUAUCAAUUUUCUUGCUUCUUAUACUUUA